CCCUCCUUGCUUUCAGGCUAGCAAAAUUAACCCAACGUGUUUUCGUUUUUGUUAUUAAUUUCUAUCUAGUGUGAAGGGAGGGAUAUUUUUCUAUCCUCCUGAUAAGCCAGUUAUGUGGGUGUUUGGAUAUGGUUCUUUGAUCUGGAAGGUGGAUUUCCCUUAUGAGAAAAAGCUGAUUGGUUACAUCAGGGGCUUCAGCAGGAGGUUUUGGCAAGGGAGCACUGAUCACAGAGGUGUCCCUGGAAAGCCAGGAAGAGUUGUCACGCUUAUUGAAGACCCUGAGGGCUGUGUGUGGGGUGUUGCCUACAGGUUGCCAAGUGGAAAGGAGGAAGAAGUAAAACAGUAUCUUGACUUCAGGGAGAAAUGUGGCUAUAGAAGUACUUAUGUUACUUUCUAUCCAAAGGACAAGGCUGUCGGUGAAUUUGAUGUGUUGCUUUAUGUGGGGACCCAUGACAACCCCAACUAUCUUGGUCCAGCACCUUUGGAAGACAUUGCCAAACAGAUACUAUGUGCUGUUGGCCCUAGUGGACGAAAUACAGAGUAUCUCUUAGAACUUGCUAAUUCAAUCCGAAACCUUGUACCAGAUGAUACUGAUGAACACAUUUUCACGUUAGAAAAAAUGGUAAAGGAGCAUCUAGAGAAAAGUAAUAAAAACUCUAUUUAAAUUAUUAAUCUAUGAGGAAAUAGUAACAACUUUAAAACACAACAUGUUUAUGAAUAGAGGUAUAGUUUUAUGGUUUUAGAACUUUAUACAAAAACUCUUAAUUCUAGAGGUUUUUCUGCUUGGGGUUUAUUAAAUGUAUUAAAGCACAGUACUUUUAUUGUACUGAAAUAUGUUAUCUUAUCACAGUACUGUUUUUUUUUUAGUCAAUGUAAUACAUGACAGGUUAUUUUGGCCAAAGGUUAGAUUUGUACUAAAACAUUAAAUAAAAAUGAGGUAUUAAGGGUAUUUAUUUAUUUUUUCUUCUCUGCUGGACAAAGAAACAAAUGUACAGCUAUGGCCAAAACCUUUAAUAGUGUACUACUAAAAUAUUUUCUGAUUAAAGUAACCAAUUUGGCAUGGAA